CAGCGCCCAUGAUGCUGGGUAUGGAGAGCUGCCUCGUGUGGACAACGUGGAUCAGCCGCGCGACACAGAUGCGUGGGCUUAAUGCUGCGCAACCUAGGCAGCCUUCAUACGAGCACAAACAUGCAUAAGAUGUAUGGUUUUUCCAUGCUUCUUUCAACUACACUCAUAACCUGCCUGCCACUGCCCUUCUGCCGCUCAUUCACUUUUGCGAUCACUCCAACCAUCACCACUUGUCUUCCUUAUAAGGCUGGCGUCCCCACACCCCUCGACUGUCAUGCGCACUAGAACCACCAAAAGCAGUCCUGCUUCUCCCGGCCCACGUCCACGCUCCCAGUAUUCUUCCAACACCAUGCACUGGCUCUUUCGCUCCAACUUGCCCCAUCGCAGAAGCUCUGCAGCAUACAGCGCUGACCUUGGACGAAGAAACUUUUUUGGUAUGAGCGAAUUAUUUGGUGUUCUUCUGAACCCUUCUGAGACGGUUCGCUCCUUGAGAGAGUCAAGGCGCCUCCUCGAGGAAGCCCGCAACGAAAUCAACGAGACACGCGAAUGCUCUCAGUUGCGUACGAAACACGCGUUUACUCGCCUCCCAUGGUUUCUUCCGCGAGAAGCUGAGAUUCGCGCGAUCGAACGUGCCCUAGAGGGCGAGCCUUCAUUCACCGUCUUGUUUGGCGCAAGUUCCGUUGGGAAGACGGCGCUUGUGAGAGAAGUUCUUUCGCGGAAAAUCUAUCAUGUGCUUCACUUUGAUUUACGCAUACCUGGUUUUGCGGAUAUGACGAGUCUUUAUAUGAGUAUCUCGCAGCAGAUGGAGCGGUACUUUGAUGAAAUAUCAAAAACGAUACCUGGAUAUGAGGAGUUCCGGAAGGAGGGUUUAGAGUUCAAGCACGACAGAUUGAACGUUGAACGAAGGCUUAACGAUUCUCCUGUUGGAAGCUCUGGUUCGCAAGUUCGGACGAGCGAUAUUGCGAGACUCAUGGAGCUCUUUCAGAGUUCACUUCUCAAAUACAGCGAGUUCGAGCCUCCAGAACAGCCACUAGCAAAUGGCAAGCGUAAGAAGGACUCAGAUGUGUCCUCAGACAGGACAAAACUCAACAGCUCGUCACCUUCUCCACCCUCGCAUAAAUCCCGAUGGUUCUUCAAGCGCAAAUCCAAGAAACCAUCCGAUGGUCAGCAGAGCCAGGAAUUGUCCUCGUCGCUGCUCAACUCCAACGUCCGCGAAAAGGAGCCUGAGAAGGUGACCAAGAGGAUCCCGGUAGUGUUCAUCGACGAAGCACAUAAACUCCCUGCGCUGAUUCAGUCAUCUGACGCGAUGAAAUGCCUCCUGGACUCAAUGCUGGUACUCACGAAGCAAGACAGGCUGUGUCAUGUAAUUCAUGCCACUAGCGACCCUUUCUAUCAAGCAUGGCUACGGCAGCUGAACGUGAUGCAACACUGCAAGAUUAUUACCGUCGGUGAUUGCACGAAGACAGAGACACGCACAUUCUUUGUCGAGAGAAUGCUGCCUCGUGUUCCAGAGAACCUACGGGCAGGCUUGUCGUUCGACGUCUUAUACGAUGCAUUUGGUGGCAAGUUAGCGCACUGGCAGGAUUAUAUAAAUGAUUACGGUAUGUUAUUGCUAUUAUUUUGUCUAUUCAGGAGGAAUACUGACGCAUCUUUCGCAGUCAAUGCAGGUGGAAGCUUUGAAAUCAAGCAAAGCUCCCACUUCCUUCAAGCACACGCAGUCCUCAACCUUCACAUCAUCCACUCCUCACAAGCAACCACGACGAUCAGCGGCGGUCAAGACCCCACAACACCCAGCACACCUGCCGCCCGCCCGCGCUCCUCCGGGCCUGACGCCCUGCACGCCAACCUCGGGCCUGCAGGUUUCAAAACAUAUCCUCCUGUUCGAAACUCCCUCCGCGACAGCAGCGGCAUCGGUGAGGACUACUCUGCCGAUUUCAGCGCUAUGCAGCUGCUCAAGGUGAUGAGCAAGCUGAGCCAGGCGGGGACGAUCCACUUGCCAUAUUUCUUACUGUGUCGGGAGCUUGGUGUGCGCGCGGUGGAUGGGAUGGUUAAGGGGCGAGUGUUGAAUCUGCAGUGGACAGACCCGGUGACGCGCGAAGGAGAGCCUCCAACGCGCCCAGAGCCGGUAACGCCCGCAACCGUCAACCCGCUGGUGGGCGCUAUACCCAGCCCUAUCAAUAUCGGGAGCGGCAGCACGCUCGGUGCGUCCUCAGAGGACGGUGAUAUGAUGGUGAUAAAUCCUAUCAACAUGUCUACGCGGGAGCUGGGGCAGAUUGACGAGGAGGACGAAGAAGAGGAAGUGAUUGGCCCCAAGCUGAUGCCCCUGACGCCGAUUAUGCGCUACGCGAUGCGGGAAGUCGUGCUGGAGUAUGAGGAUGUGCGGACACUAUCUGAUUAUGCUUCGUUUACUGAUGUUGAGGAGUACUGAGUGGCUGGCUGGCCUCUGCCUGGACCUGUCCUCUUCUUCCCAUCCCAGGUAUCUAUUAAGUUAUUCAUCGGUCAUCUCCCUCAUAACACUGCAUUCGUUUUCUGACUGCUGUACUGUACGCCAUGUUGUAGUUUGCUUCGCAUCUCUCGCAUUAGUCCUGUACGUUGCAGACUCCGUCCCAUGUAAUGAAACUCGCAAUGUCUCGGCUAAGGGAUCGAUCGGAAGUGGUGACUGGAGGUAUCGCUCCAGAUUUUUUUUACAACUCGAACAGCAGAUGGACCAUUCGUACUACAGGUCUGACUAUACGAUGUUUGGUGUUGACGUAGCCACUCGACUUGUGAGCCUAACCACAGGCGUACAAUUGCAAUUGGUGAGAAUUAGGGGCCAAGACUGAUUAAAUAGAAUCGAAUUCCGCAAACCUCACAUCCGCCUUUGCAUCAA